CAACGGCCAGACCGCGUCCCGGGCCACACCGGGACCGCCUGAAAGCCGAGCCCGCGCCGACCGAGCCUGGGCCGGAUGGGCGCUGCGGACCGGGCCGCGGACCGCCGAGCGGCCGCUCUAUGAAUGCAAAUUGCCAACAGUAGCAACUAAAUAAGAUAUCCUCUCCUCAAUACCUGCAUAAAUGCUCAUCUUCGACGUCAAAUCAUGUGCCGAGCUCCAGGAUGGAAAGCUGGCAGAAUUCUGUUUUCGGUCACACUGGUUUUCUCUUGCCCCAGUGUGUGGACACUACCACACGCCCUCCAGACCAGCGACGGCUCUUGCGUGUAUUUUCCAGUGUUUCUUCUGUCAGAGAGUCCGACAGAGCCAUAGUUCCUCCAGUGCUGGCCCGGAGCUGAGGGACGAGCGCCCAGCAGACAUGGUAAAAAUGACCAAGUCCAAGACUUUCCAAGCUUACCUGCCGCACUGUCACAGAACGUACAGCUGUAUUCACUGCAGAGCCCAUCUGGCCAACCACGAUGAGCUCAUCUCCAAGUCCUUUCAGGGGAGUCAGGGACGAGCCUACCUCUUCAACUCUGUGGUGAAUGUGGGCUGCGGCCCCGCUGAGGAGAGAGUCCUGCUAACUGGGCUGCAUGCAGUGGCUGACAUCUACUGUGAGAACUGCAGGACUACACUCGGGUGGAAAUACGAGCAUGCCUUUGAGAGCAGUCAGAAAUACAAAGAAGGAAAAUUUAUUAUUGAACUUGCCCACAUGAUCAAAGACAAUGGCUGGGAGUAAAGGGAAGCACUCCACUCCUGAGUACUGUUUUAUGAAAGCUGAGUGUGGGAAGACCUGGCUUCUGGGACAACACCGCUUGAACUUUGACCUCACAGGCCCAGGCCGGCCCAGUUCAACACUUGAAGGCCUCUCUCUGGGCUGUUCACUUGGGUAAGGUGCCCCCAAAUGAGCCCCUGCGUGGACACUGUUGUUUCUGGAAGUUUGCAUCCUUUUCCUAACUUCUCACGUUCUAGAGAAAGAAUUACCCCACGGAUGA